AUCCCAGCCUCCUGAAGAGACCCUGGUAAACUAAACAACAAACACUGCUCGUCAGAGGAAAUUCCAGCUCUUCAGCUAUCGCGACCCGGACGAAAGCGCAUCUCGAACCGAUUGAAACCCGAUCGAAUUAUCGCGUAAACACACGAAAAUACCCCCGAGAAUCAAUGAAUGCGCCUUGAAGGAACUGUUCAGCUAUUUUUGAGCGGUCAAAAAUGAUGCGAGAUCCCCGUCGCCGGAGCCCGGAGAGCACCCGGCGGCGGCGCGCCGAGCGCCGGCAUUCCAGAGAGCAGCUCGCUGCUGCCGCUGCCGCCGCCGCCGUCUCAGCUCCCGCUGCCGAACCCGCCCCGAUCGUCUCCCACUCGGAGCACCGUGCCCGUGCCCGUGCCGAUUCGAGCUCGUCGUCGUCGUCGUCGACCUCGUCCUCGUUGAUGAACAUCUCGCGAAAGAGCCGCUUCGGAAUCCGCUCCUUCUUCGCCUCCUCGUCGGUCAAGAAGGUCAAGAAGCGCCGCUCAUUCCGGAAGAAGAACUCGUCUUCGUCUUCUUUCGAUAGCGAUUUGGCCUAUGGCACAGGUUAUAUGUCCAGGUCCUCGUUCGAGAGACAGCAGGCAACAUACCAACAGCCCGCUCAACACCACCAACGCCCCCAACACCCCGCCCAGCAACAUCCUCAGCAACAUCCUCAGCAGUAUCCCCAGCAAUAUCCCCAGCAAUAUCCCCAACAAUACCCCCAGCAAUACCCUCAGCAAUACCCCCAACAUGCGCAAUACCCACCACCACAUGCGCCGCAUACCCAGCCCACCUACCAGCCCACCCCUGGCGCCCCAUCUCACCACCCCUCGCAGGAGGAUCCGUUGUUUGGGCCCGACGGACGGCCUGCGUUGCAUAGGGCUCAGACUGACGAGGAGAUCCUCGCCCUAGGCCGUAAGCUUUCAGACCUCGCCCGCGCCGAGAAUAUCCGAGACCUCGAACGUGUGGGCAAGAAGCGCCCUUCCCGCAUGGCAGCCGCUGCCGUGGCUUUGUCCGAGUUUCAUCGCCAUGGCUCCCAAGGGCAGUCUGCCAGGGGCAUCGGCGCGUCCAAACCUCACGGCCGCCGCCAUGACGAUUCCGACACCGACUGGGAAUCCGCCUCGGACUCCGAUUCUGAUUCGACCAGCGACGACGACUCCGCCCUGGCUUAUGGCUCCAUGCCCAAGUUCUCGGACCCGAGCCUACCCAUCGCUGGCCCUUCGCAAACCCAGCAGAACACUCCCCCAACCGUCAUUUCUCAACCGCCCCCCGAAUCCAUGCCCCCUCCUCGCCGCAAGAGUUCCGUCGUCGACCCAGCCAGGUUCGGUCCUGUCAACUCCCUGCGUGGCGUCGUCAACACGCCUUGCGGCUUCCGCCCUGACGAGUACCCACAACAUGGUCCUAGUCAGACGGAACCACAACUGCCCCCGCAUGACCCGAUCCCCCAGCCGAACAGCGCAUCUAUCGAGGCUGGACCAAUGCGAAACGUCUAUCCGGUCCCGACCACUCACCCCUCCCACUUCGACGCAGUGCCGAGUUCCUCGGGCGUGUCUGUUCCGCUUGCUGGAGCGGCAGGUCCAUCCACACCGACGCGCCGGGACCGCGAGAGGGACAGAGAGAGAGAUAGUGUCUUGUAUUCCAGCCGCCCCGAGACUGUGCCGAUCCAGGCGCCCAAGCCGAGAGUCCCUGUGUCGCCCCGCGUGUUGGAGGACCAGCGCACUGGGGUGGAGAGGGAACAGCAGAUUCAACAGGGGAGCCCCCGCGAGCGCCGGUCCAAAAAGAGUCGUGACUCGGACAGGAGGAGCGCCGUAGAAUCUGUUGCAUCCGGUGCGCUGCCCGCUGUCGUGGGCGCGGCUGCAGCAGCGGUACUAGCCGGGGUUGUGGAAGACAGGCGGGAGAAGAGGCGCGAUGAGCGGGACUGCGAGAAACGUGAUGACAGGAGUUACGUUGAUGACCGCCACACUCACCCGGCGCCCGACAAGAGAAGCGUCGUUGAGAGCGUUCUUAGCGGGGCCCCUUCCUCUGCUGCCAUCUCGGACGCUAACAGGCAGCGUGAGCUCGACGAGCUUCGCGAACAAGAAGCCCGUGUGCGCGAAGACCGUCUUCGCUACGAGCGCGAAGCGCAGCGUCACCGCGACGCCCGCGAGUACCGCGAGCACGAGGAGCGCCACCGCCAGGACGAGGUGGACGCCCGCCGCCUUCGCGAUGAACCGGAACUCGCCGACCAGUAUGAACGUCGCGUGCGCGAGGAGCGCGAACUUCGGUACAAAGAGGAGCGCCGGAGCAACGACGAGCGUACGCGGUCGGAGCACGACCGGAUGUUGAGGGACGCCAUGAAGAAACGCGACCGUGAGGAGAAGCGCAAGGUCGAGACCAGUGAGCAUCAGGAGGAGCGCAGUCGCGAGCGCGAGGAACGCCGCCGCUCGAAGGGCAAGGAUGUCGUCACGGUCAUUAAUGAGCGUGGAACCGGUCCCUCGGCUAGCAAAGAGGCCCCGCCCCUCUCCGAGAAGAAGCAGGGGGGAUUGGACCCUGCAGCGUCAAAGCCCAGUCGCGAGGAGAGGCGUGCUAAGCGCGAAGAGACUCGUCGCAUGAUCGAGGACCUUCAUCGCCAAAUCGAGCUCGAGAAGAAGCGGAUUGCUGAAAUGGACGCUGGCAAGCAGCCUCCUGCGGAGGAGCGUUCUGAACCCGGCCCAUCCAGCAGCAAGAAUGAAGCAGUCGAUCCUUUCCAAUACCAGGUUGCGACUGAUGCCUUCCCAACUCCGGCACCGGGCAGCCCGAAGAGGUCCAUCACCCCUCAUAUUCACACCGUCGAACGCGAGCCGGACUGGGCGCGUGAAGAGCCUAGCCGGUAUGGCGAACGUGAGGAGCGACUGAGCCGGCGUUGUUCUUUCGAGCGGGAAGUGCGAGAAGCCCAGGCCGCCGCCGACGAACCUAACGGCGCCACCGCUACGGCCGACGACAGCAUGACUCCUGCUACCAUUUCGGCGCCGAGCGGCGGAGAGCGCGCCCGGUCCCGCUCGCGUGAACCCCCCCGAGGUAGAGACCCCGAACCUGUCAGAGAUGUCGUGCAGGACGAGGCCAACCGCCACUACCGCGAGAAGAGGAUGGCUGAGAGGGUUGCCGAGGAGGAGAUUCGCUCUCGCACCCCUUCCCCUUCGCGGUCGGUUGUGGAUAAGUACGAGGACAACGAAGACCCUAUCGGCCGCAUCGUGACCCCGCCGGAAAUGCAGCGCCCUCCCACUAAGAGCAAGUUCGACGGCCCCAACGCUGACGUACGCAUCGACAAUGUCAUCAUGCCGAACGACGUUUCCAGGUUCCAUCCCCCGCCACCGAGUGCGCGUGGCCUCGGUCCGGUGAUGAUGCCUAUCUUCAAGUCGAGAGACCCGUCCUGUGAGCGCGAGAGGCCCAUGCUGAACCUGGUUCUCCCUACCCCGAGGACCUCGCCGUCCCUGGAGAAGAUGAAGGCCAGGCAAGCCGCCGCUCAGGCGGCGGCUGAGGACACACCCUCGGAAGACGAGAAGAAGAAGAAGGACGAGCGCAAGCCCAAGACCAUCACCAACUACCGCGGCCAGACGGUUGAAGUUCCUGAUGAUUAUGACACCGGGCGUGUUGUGGAAAAGGAGAGCCGUGAGUCCUCUCAGGAGCGCCCGGCCAUCAAACUCAGAUUUGGCGGUAGGAAGAAGAGCGCCUGGGGAAGCCUCAUUGCCGCUGCUGUUGUCGGUGCCGCGGGCAAGUCUAAGGGGCUGAAAUUGGGCCAAGGCGAGAAGCCUGCUGAGGCUCAAGGAAGUGCCGACGUUGUCGAGGCGGACAAGGACAAGCCGCGAGAUGCGGAACCCGUGUCGGAGCCUAAAUCCGAGCCGGCCCCCGUUCCGGAAGUUCAGCCGACGAUUGAAACUGCCCCAGAAGCAACCCGGGGCGCUACGCCGGAGCCGGAACCAGUCUCAACUGAAGCUGCGCCGGAAUCAAAACCCUCGCCGACCCGGAGCGUCUCUCGCGCACCAUCCACCCCGCCUCGUUGGUCACGAGUCCCUUACGAAUUCGACGAGGAACAGGAACCUCCCCUGGUCGGCCCGAAACCUGCCAGCCCGCAGGCGUCCAAGACGCACGGCUCUUAUGGGGAUGACAUCGACUUCACCGCCACCCUCGCUGCGGGCCUCGAAAGUACUGGGUUCAAUCCGAACAUGGUGGUUGACGACCCCACGUUCCGGACAAGGGAUUCGCCUCGUGGUUCAAACGAACUCCCCUACAGGCCUCCGUUUUCCGAGACCGUUACUGACCUCGGUAUUGAUUCCGCCGAUCGAGGUGGCAUGCCCGAGGGUAAAGAGGUCAAUUUUAGGGGCGAAAAUUCCGAAUUCACGCCCAAGCCAGAGGAUAUUGAGCUCAGCAGGGAACCCUCGGUGCUCGAUGCCGACGAUGAGUGGUCAAUGAAGAGCUCCACAAAGUCUCCGAGGUCGAAGCGUGACAGGUCCUAUGACACUACGAUCUACUCCGCUCCUUCAUCUGAAGUAUCCGUUGCAAGCUCGGGCAGCAAGAAGAGCAAAAAGAAUCGCCGUAAGAGCACCAAGGACUCGUAUGACAUACCGGAGCAAGAUGAACCCCCGGAUCGGCCUGGUGAUUCUUUUCAAUGGGUCGGCCGUGAGGUGAGCUCGGUCGUGUCCGAUCCCGCCGGCAAGCUUAACGGCGGCCAUCAUGACACGCAAUCUGUCGUGUCCCUCCCCGCAAACGGGGGCAGCGAGCACCACGAGCGCUCAACCACCCAGAACGGCGACCAGAAGGAUUCUUUUUUAGGUAAUGCCGGCACCUUUGGCGCAGGUGCCGGCCUGGUGGGAGCCGCCGUUGCUCUUGCAGCUCAGCUUUCCCGCCCUAAUGCCGCCCAGGACCUCGUCGAGGAGGAGAAGGAGAAGGAGCCGUUUCGUCGCGGACGUAGCGUCAGCUACAGCUCGCAGACCGUCGACCCGGAAAUCGUCCAGCGGGAAAUCAAGCCCGCCAUUGAUCCCCAAUAUGGCGAUCUUCUGCCCCUCCCACCUAGCGAGCCUGGUUCGCCCAACCUUAAUCACCUAAACAAAGAAGACGAUACUUUCCCUUCUCUUCCCGACAGCGAGGACGACACGCCUUCUCCUCAGCAAACUCGCCCCCGGCGCGGUACCGUUGGCCACACGCACACCCGCCGCCGGAGCGCGAUUGAACCACCCAAAACGCCCAGCCGCACCGCCGUGCCGGUGCAGUUCCGCAUGGGCCGCGGCUCGGUUCCCUCCUCCCCGGCCUUCCGCUUCUCACCCUUGCACUCGCCCGUCGCAACCACCCACCCCGAGAUGGGCAGCACCUCGCCCCAGAGAACCCGCUCCGCCCGCCCGAUGUCGUGGGACAGCUCGCGGGACUUCAAGCCGCUUUACCUGCUCGAGAAGGCCGCGAGCUCGAGCGCGCACGGUGCUGCUGCUGCUGACGCCAAGCAACAGGACGAGUAUCCCGAGCUGCCGCCUAGCGAACCCCCUUCGCGGGAGUCGCCGGGGCCGGAGUAUGAUGUACGGGAGGACGACCUGGAUUACCUGGGCGUCGGGCUCCGGGUCGCCGCGGGGAUGGGGGCGUCGGUGGGCCUGUUGGAGGCCCUGCAGAUCGACACGUCGAGCAAGGGGCUUGAUGUUGGCGCUGGCGAGGUCAGGUUUGGGGAGCCGCUUGGGUCGGGCGAGACGACGCCGAGGGCGCCCGCUUCUCCUACGCGCGGUUUUGAUACCCUGACGGAGAAGUCGGAUGAGGCCGCGUAUGACGCUCUGGAUGAGUGGCAGGUUGUGGGGGAUUUGGACGCGCUCCCGCCGCUGCCGGAGAGCCCGGUUGAAUCCCCUACUUUGGUACCGUCCCUUCCGGUUGUUCCUGCCGAAUCUCAGCCUGUCUUCGAGGACACGAGGACCUUGCCUGCCCUCCCUGAUAGCCUGCCAACCUCGCCUCUUCUGACGGCUUUGCCUCCGGCUUCUGCGCACUUACCUUUCGUCGAGGACUUGGAGCAGUUGCCGGCUCUACCCGAAAGCCUUCCGUCCUCGCCUGUUCUCGAGGCACGGCCUUCAGCUCUCAGCCAACCGCUAUUCGCUCGUUCCGAGCCCGAGGUGUUGCCUGCACUCCCGGAGAGCCGCGCGGAAUCGCCUGCUUUUGAGGCACGGCCUUCUGCUCCUAUCCCGCAGCUGCUUGCUCGUUCCGAGCCCGAAGCGUUGCCUCCACUCCCAGAGAGCCGUCCGGAAUCGCCUACUUUCGAGGCGCAACCUGCUGCCCCCGGCCCAUCGUUAGUUACUGGCUUCGACGUAGAGCAGCUUCCCUCCCUCCCCGAGAGCCGUCCUGAAUCGCCUACUUUCAAGGAGCUGCCUGCUGCCCUCGCCCCAGCGUUGCCUGUUGGCUUUGAGCCAGAGCAGUUGCCGGCCCUGCCCGAAAGCCGUCCGGACUCCCCUGCUUUAGAAGCACAGCCUUCUGCUCUUAGCCCGCCGAUACUCGCUGCCUUCGAUCCGGAGCAGUUACCGGCUCUGCCUGAAAGCCGCCCGUCCUCGCCUGCUCUAAAGGCGCUCCCUUCUGUUCCCAGCCCGGCAUUACUUGAUGACUUCAGGCCAGAGCAGCUCCCCGCACUCCCAGAGAGCCGUCCAGACUCACCACUUUUGGCGCCGUUGUCUCCAGCAGCUGCAACUCCGUUCCUGGCUGGGGAAUUGGAAGACCUACCGGCAUUGCCUGAAAGCCGUCCCGCAUCCCCUGUGUUGGAUCGUUCCGAAGCCCCCAUUUCCUCGCCAGCACUGCGGCUCUUCACUCCCACUUUGACUCGAGCUGCGGAUGUCGAUUUCGACCAGUUACCGCCUCUCCCCCAGAGUGCCCCUGGUUCUCCUGUCCAAGAGACCCUCGCUUCAGCUCCAGCUCUCGAACUGUUGACAGACCCGACCCUCCAGGAUGGACUCGACGCUGAACUACCUGCCCCGGUACAAGAGCAAGCGUUUGACCGGGAACUGGAGGAAUUGCCUCCCCUUCCUGAGAGCCAGCCGGCCUCGCCUGUUCUGCCGAAAGUGGUUGACGCUCCCAAGGUCGACGAUGGGCUGGAGAUGCUCCCACCUCUCCCUGAGAGUACGCCGACCUCACCUGCUCCGUUGACGUUGGUUCAAACUCCCACCUUGCCGGUCGGCGAUGGGCUGAAGUCGCUCCCAUCUCUCCCUGAGAGCGGGCCGGCCUCGCCGGUUCUGUCGAACGAGGUUGAUGUACCCGCCUAUUUGCCAGUCGACGAUGUGUUGGAGUCACUCCCACCUCUUCCUGAGAGCCGGCCAGCCUCGCCUGCGCCGUUGAAAACGGUUGACAUUCCCACUUUGCCGGUCAGCGAUGAGCUAGAGUCGCUCCCACCUCUCCGUGAGAGCCAACCAGCCUCGGCUGUUUUGUCGGAUGACUUGCCUCCCCUCCCCGAGAGCCAGCCGGCAUCGCCUGUUCUGUCGAAGGAGGUUCACGCUCCCACCCACCUGCCGGUCGACGAUGGGUUGGAGUUGCUCCCAGCUCUCCCUGAGAGCCAGCCGGCCUCGCCUGCUUUACUAGAGACGGUUGACAUUCCCGCCUUGCCAGUCGACGAUGGGUUAGAGUUACUCCCACGUCUUCCUGAGAGCCGGCCGCUUUCGCCUGUUCAGGAGCUGUCUGCUCCAUCUGAGCCCUUGGAGUCUUUGGCCCCUUCUCUUUUGGAAGCCAAGAACACUGAGCAACCUCCUGUUUCCCGCGGUCUUGAUUUUACUGAAGAACUAGAGGUAUUACCUCCCCUGCCUGAAAGUCGCCCUGUCUCGCCCGUCCUAGAAGCCCUUGCUCCGGCUGCUAGCUCCCUGCCGCCUCCAAUCGAUGAGGUUGGAGGCUUUGUUGCCCAGAGUCCGAGCCGUGAACUGGAGUUUGAGGAUUUACCACCACUUCCGGAGAGCCGCCCUGGUUCGCCCGCUGAGAUAGAGCCCACGCCUGCUCUCGCCACUGAGCCUUCCGCCUCGCUUCUUCCUACCGGGCUCGCCAACGUGGACAUCGCACCGGCCCAGGAGCUGGGUUUCGUUGAAGACAUGGAGAAGCUGCCUCCUCUUCCAGAAAGCCGGCCUAGCUCACCUGUUGUGGCCGACAUCGCUCCAGUGGAAGCUACCGAUUUCCAGCCCACCGCCGAACAGACUACCUCAACAAAAGAUCGAGACGUUGAGCUAGAUCUGGACGAGCUGCCCCCUCUGCCGGAAAGUCGCCCGGAGUCACCUGUCCAGGGAGAUGCGGAGUUGGUUGAGGUUGCCAAACCCCGGCCUGCCAGCGAAGAUCUCGCGCGGGAACGGAGCUCUGAACAAGACCUGACGGCUCUGCCCGCACUUCCUGAAAGCCGCCCCAGCACUCCCACUCCGCUCUCGUCAUCAUCGGCCCUGCUCCCCGAGCCAUCCACUGCGUUGGUUUCUGACGCCGAGAAAACACCUGUCGCUCGGACGUUCGAGCCGAGUUUCAGCCAAGAAUCUACCAUCCAAGAACGAGACUUUGCUGAGAAGCCUUCCGAGGGAUCCCGUUCUGGUCGGUUUUACCAGCCUCCUUCAACAUACGAGGGGCUCAAGAACGCCGGGUUCCAAAAGCGGAUACCGAGCCCCGAUGCGACCCGCGGUUUUGACAAACAGGAGGCUUGGGAGGCCACGGAGAAAUCCAGAUCUAAUCUACUCGGACCUACGGCGGCUGCUGCGGGCGCGGCGGCGGCGAGUGGCCUUCUCGUUGCUCACAUGCGCCAUGACGAUUCACAGCCUGACCUGCAACGUCAGGAAUAUGAUAAAUUGCAAACGCCAACCUAUGACCGGCCCGAGAGCGUCUACUCGUUCAAUGAAGAUGCCUCUACUGUCGCUGCUUCUGAAGCACCAACCUACCUGUCUGGUUCAACAUUCUACGAGGCGCAGCCCGACUCUGGGAAAGCGGAGGAAGCACCGCCAAAACCUGGUACGCUCGCGUAUCUUUUGAGCAAGAGAGGCCAAAGGUACCAAAGUCAGGAGGACGACUGGGCUAUUACGAAUGCCGCUUCUUCUGCUCGGAAGGGCAAACCUGAGACUCUUGCCGAAGUGCGGGACGAGCGCGAUCUCGGAGAGACACCGGCCCAAACCAGCACAAUUCAGCCUGCCGUUAUCGUCGAGGAGGAGCAAGAGGUUGAACCGCAGACACCAGAGCAGACUUCGAGCACGCGCAAGAAGGGCAAGAAAAAGAGUGGCAAGAAGGGGGUUUCUUGGAUCGAAUCUCAGCCCGAGAGUCAAGAACAGGGCCAGGCUGAUGAAUCCAGUCUCGAGCGCUCGGCCACCACACCCGCCGUCGAGGUUGAUACAACCACCAGCGAUAACCCACAGCUCACCACUGCCGAGAAACCCACGCCGGAUUCAGCUGGGCCUACCGACAAGCCCGAAAGUCACGAGACGAUCGCCACGGUUAGCAAGAAAGCCAGGAAAAAGAAGAAGGCCAAGAAAGGAGAUGCCAGCUUGGAGCCUGCAGAAGACCCCCUACCAGCUGCAAGUACCCUCAACGCUCGGGAUGGAGCGGGACCCGACAGCGCGGGUCUCACAUCGGGCUCAGCUCGGGAGUCCCACCCGACUGCAACUCUGCAAGAGAUCGGUCCAGACUCAGUCGCACCUCCGCACGUGGAGCCACACGAGUUGUCGGAGACGCAACCUGUCCCGCCCAGCAGCGGUGAAGUUGUGGUUGGACGGGAAACCCCGAGUGAUCCAGCAGCUGAGCAGGACCCUGGAUCACGGCCCGUUUCGUCCGCAGCUGCAGGUGCCGAGCCUGGGAAAGACGAGCAAGUCGCCCGCAGCGUGCAGGAGGCUGACGCCGCGCCAGCUGAGCCGAUCAAGGCAAAGAAGAGUAUCUGGGGCUCCAUGCUUCCCUCUCUCGCCGGCGGCGUCGGUUCUCUCUUCGGCAAAGGAAAGGGCGACACUGUCCAGGAACAGCAGCAUCGAGAGCCUGAGAAGCGGGAAGACCAGGCCCAGCCGGCGUCCGAGUCGUCUCGUGAUGCAUUGCCGACGCAGGAUGCACAACAACAACACAGCAUCUCGGAGCCAUUGGAGGCGAUGCCCCAACCCCCACCCACGCCGCCAAAUCUGGGCGAAUCGAGCAGCCAAACUCCCGAUGUGGGGCAUGCAUCGGAACUGCAUGAACCCCCUGACAGCAACAAAUCAGGGGUCGACACGGCGACCGACGCUGCAGACACCGCUGUUUGUGCACCCCACGAGCAGACCCCGGCCCCCGGAAUCCCCACACUCGGACCAGUCGAUGAGGCGACCCCCUCAGAUGCAGCACGCCUCGACACCAUUGUGGCGGGCAGCAUUGACGAGCAACGCGGGGGGCCAGAUGGUGAACAGCCAGACAAAACCGCACCUCGGUCGCUAGACCAGCCCCAGGGACUUGCGACAUCAGAAGUUGCCCAGCAACCAACUGUCGAUGCGCCUGUCGCCGCUGAUGCCGCCGUCGAACCAGCCGAUGCCAUGGCAACGAAGGGCGAGGAGCUUAAGGACACGCCCAAGGAUGAUGAACCCGCAUCCCAGGACCCGCCGCCGGAACGAGCACCACCGGCUGUUGCCGAGGCUAGCCAGCAAGAUCUGCUCCCUGAACCCCAGGCCAACCCCGGACCUCCUGCGGCUCUCGAGCCCAGUCCGGUGACCAACCAGGGCGCCGAUGACGAAACGUCGGUUGAACCCACUGGGAAGAAGGGGAAGAAGGCUAAGGGUAAAAAGAAGAAGAAGGCUGCGGCCGAGGCUGAGGAAGUGUCCGCCGUGGAGCCCGCCUCGGAACCUGCCGCCCCAGAGCCAGCGCCGGAACCUCUUGUGGCUGAAACUCCAGAGAAGAGUGCCCUUCGCGAGGCGGUUGUUGAGGCUGCUCCGGCCGAGGCGGUUGUUGAGUCUGAUCCGGCCGUGGAGGUUGUCGAGUCUGCUCCGGCCGAGGCGGUUGUCGAGUCUGCUCCGGCCGCAGAGUUUGUCGAGUCUGCUCCAGCCGCGGAGGUUGUCGAGUCUUCUCCGGCCGAGGCACCGCAAGUUGAGCCCCAGCCCGAGCCGGCGUCUUCCAGCAAGAAGAGCAAGAAGAAAAAGAAGAAGAAGCAGGCCAGCCAGGACGUCUCCGAGGCUCCCGUCGAAGUUACCGCUGAGGAAAACACACCCGCACCAGUCGAGGAGUCAAAGCCGGCGCUCGCGCCAGACGCUGUCUCUCACCCGGACUCACUUCAGCCCCCUGUCACGGACUCGCCACCGGUUGAGGAUCCCCAAACAUCACAAGGAGAUGCCGGUCCACAGGCCGAGGAGAACCAGGAACCCACUACCGGUAGCAAGAAGUCCAAGAAGAAGAAGAAGAAGCGCGCAUCGUUAGCUUUGGAGACCGAAGCCCCCGAGCCUCCUGGGCCCGAAAAUGGAGCGGAGAAAGUUGUGUCAUUGACCGGCGACGACCAGCCAAGCAACUCGGGCGACAAUACGGCACAGCAAGAAAGCCCCUUUCCAGCGCCAGCCGCGGAUGACGCACCCACAACCUCAAAGGGUAAGGACAAGAAGAAGAAACGGCAGAGCGUCAGUUUUGCCGAGCCCCUUGAGGAGCACCUGGGUUCCGCCAAUGCGGGAGGUGAGGACGACAACAACCAGAAAACCCAGGACUCGAAGGACUCCAUCUCCGAUGUCCCCACGGUUCCCCCGCAAAGCGGCGACUCUGUUGUUGAGCGGCCUGCCCAAGGCGAGGCCCAGAGUCCCAGCACUCAAGAACCCGCCCCUCGGUCCCCGAGUCAACCGGUGGACAAUGAGACCUCGGAUGGAAUGUCCGACAAGGAUCAGCAAGCUCUGGCGUCGGGUGAAUCCCAAUCCCAAUCAACAAGGACUGAGAUUCUGGACGAGAAAUCACCAAUUGACGAUUCAUCUCCAUCAUCUCCAUCUUUCAAUAAAUCAUCUAAGAGCGAAAGCGUGCCGGAUUCUGAGACCGGGCCGGGAAACAUGCAGCAGCAGCAGCCGACAGGGCCACUGCCACUUUCCGGUGAGCAACAAGGUGACAACCCGGGGCCGGGACUCGCUUCUGGAGGCGCAGACCCACCGCACACCGCCAAAAGCACCACUGAACCAGUGCCAAGUGGUGCUGGCAGCGCCAAGUCUGGGCCAAUAACAGCCGCCCCAGCCGCCGACCAACAGGGUCAGGGACCGGUCGUCGCCCGGGAGCCUGGCCUCGAGCCCACUGCAUCUCAAUCAUGGAACAAUAAAAAUAACGGUCAGGAAAACAAUACAAUUCACGAAAGUGAAGAGUUGGAAUCGUCCAUUGAAAAAGUCCAAAACCCAUCCGUGUAUCGGGUCGCCAUCGAUGAGACCCAAUCAUCCACGCAACAGGACACUGCGGCCCAAUCAACCCAGACUACCGGUACCCGAGGUGAACAACACCUAGCGUCCGGGCCGUCUGCAAUUGGCACGACGCCACCGGAUGAGGUCCAGUCAACCAGCCCGCAUGAGCAGCAGCCUGAGCAGCAGCACUCUGAUCUCUCCGACACGGAAUCCAUUCCCGACUCCACUACGUCUCAGGACAUGCCUCUCCAGCCCGAGGAGGACCGCUCACCUUAUAGUCUUCUAAACAAGCCCAAAAAGAAGAGGAAGAAGCCCAAGGCCGAGGCGGAACCAUGGCCCACCGAACCACCAGAACCACCCCAGCCACAGUCGGCCCAGGUCCCCUCCUACCAGAGCCUCCCGAUAGAGCGCAAGCAGCUCAGCACCGUAGAGGAGGAGACAGAGCCCCCGUCCGAGUAUGGCGAGAGCGACGCCCGCUCGCUCAUCUCGGGCGACGACAACCAGUCUCUGCAUCGCCGCAAGUCGAUCGUCUCCGAGUCUUCGCGCACCGUCUCCUCUCUAGGUCUCUCCGAGACCAGCGCCGGCGGGUUGGCCGAUGACGAGGGCGCGGAACCCCCUACUUACGCGCUCAAGAAGGCGGCAGCCAAGAAGGACAAGGCUGACAAGGCUGGCAAGAAGAAGGGCAAGAACGACCUCGGGGACGAGCCAUGGCCGAGUGGUGACGCUUCGGGUGCCGAAGAGCCUUCUGGGCCCGCUGCGGGGAAGGGUGGGGACAAUGCUGUGGAUGAGGUCCAGUCCGUGAUGCCGGAGGGUGGGGUGGUCGAUGAGGCGCAGGUUCCGAGCGACAAAUCCGAAGGGGUGCCGGAUGUGCCACUGGUUGAAGAUGCCCAGGUCGAGAAGGACGUUCCUCAGGAAGACGCCCCCACGGAUGCUGUCCAGUCUUCAUCGGAAGUACCCGUUGUGGGGCCUACCCCGGACCAACCCACACAAGAGGCUGCUGAACCAGUCAACGAACAGGCUGAGAAGUCACUCCCCGACGACAUUACCUCAACCCCCACACAGGAGGAGCCAGAGCCGGUCCAGGAAACGGACACUCCACAACCACCACAAGAACCCGAGGUGCUGCCCGAACUAGAAGUCGCUGCGGGUGGGGGGUCCGGGGGGGACGGGGAAAGGGCGAGGAAGGCGGCCAAGGACCAGAGCGAGGCUAACGCCCAGGCACCUGCUGUUGAGGAGCCAGCACCAGUGGAAGAACCCGCAGUGGUCGAAGAAUCAGCGCCCGCCGAACAGCCAGCACCAACUGGUGAAGAGUCAACAAAGAGCGAACAGCCAGCACCACAGGCUGGGGAGGCAGCAUCGGGCGAGACCCCGGCACAGGUCGAAGAGCCGACAAUUAUCAAGGAGCCAACCACUGUCGAAGAACCCAAAACGGUUGAAGAGACAGCAGCGGUCGAAACCCCGGUAGCGACUGUCGAAGAGUCCACGACGCCUCUGCCGGCCGAAGUCGAGGUGCCUGCGCCAGACGUUUCUGAGCCAGUUGCUGCAGCAGUCCAGGAAACGGAGACCGUGGAUGCACCCAACGAUGUUGCUGAGGCCCAGACCGAAGAGGCUUCACCAACGCCGGGUAAGAAGUCAAAGAAAAGCAAGAAGAAAAGGAAGGGCACACUUGAGCCUGAGCCCGAGCCUGAACUUGCUACCGAAACGCCCGUUGUUGAAGAGCCGAGCCCCCCUCUUCCAACCGAAGUCGAGGAACCUGCGCACGAGGUACCCAAGCCUGCCGCUGAGGUUACACAAGAGUCUCGUGAACCCGCUCCCGAUGUCGAUUCAAAGCCCAUCGAAGAGACCCUCGAGCCUCCUGUUGAAAUUCCCCAAGAAGCCGCACUACCAGAGGGUACCACCCCCACCGAGGAGCCAGCCAUCGAGGAACCAGCAGUCGAGGAAACGCCAACUAAGAAGGGCAAAAAGAAGAAAAAGGGCAAGGCUUCCAAGAACGCCGAAUCCGACUCCGCUUCUGCCGCUGCUACGCCGAACGUAGAAGAGCAAACCCCCGCCAUGGAACCCGAGGCCACCGUUGUCGAGCCCGUCCAGGAGGGCACAGAGGCCGUGCCCGCCGCGUUUGACCCGGUAAAGGAGCCCGAAACUGUUGCCAUCGACGAGACCCCCGUACAACCCGCCGAGGAGGUUCAGCAGCCCGAGGACAGCCAGCCACAACCCGAAGAGGGCCAACCACAGCCUGAACCUACCCUUCCCGUUGAACAGCCCUCAGUUGCCGAAGAACCCGCCCUGGUUGUUGAAAGGUCAAUUCCCGUUUCCGACGAACUCGCCGGUGACCCGGAAAAGCCAGGCUCCCCUAUUCCAGACGUACCGAGCGCUCCUGUUCCGGACGUGCCAAAUUCUCCCGUUCCCAAGGUUCCCGACGAGCCUACUCCUGAGGUGCCAACCGAGCCUACUCCCGAAGUACCUACUAAGCCCGCUCCCGAAGUGCCAGGCGAUCAUGUUCCCGACGAGCCAAGUCCGGCCCCUGGACCUGAGCCGGAAGAAGCUUCCGCCCAGCCAGUCAAGAAGGUCAAGAAAAAGAAGAAGGGCAAGGGGUCGCAAGUUAUCGACCCUGAACCUGAGGCCCAGUCCGCUCCCGCUGCCCCUUCCGAGGAACAAGCUCCGGUCGUCGAUGAGCCAACGCCUGCCAAGAAAGAGUCAACCGUCUUGGUUGAGGAGCCCGCUCCUGUAGUUGACGAACCUACCCCGACUAUCGAUGAAUCCUCGCCUGCGGAAGAGCCUGUCCCAGUCGUCGAAGAACCCACUCCGGCCCUUGAAGAGUCCGCCACAGUCGAUAAGUCCGCUCCCGUCGCUGCCGAACCCACCCCGAAGAUCGAAGAAUUUCCACCUGCGGAAGAGCCGGUUUCUGUCGAGGAGCCCAGCCACCUUGUCGAUGCCCCCACCGACCCUGCCCAGGAACCUGAACCAGCAACAGAACCAUCUCCUGUCGCCGAAGAACCCCAGCCUGAAUCACUCGAGCAAACGACCCCAGCCACCGUAGAGAAACCAACUGCCGCACUAGAGGAGCCCGUCUCGGUUCCUGAGCAACCAAUUUCCCAGAAGCUAGAGCCUGAAGCUCCUGUCGAAGCUCCGGCCGAGCCGGUCAUCGCCGAGGAGAUAGCACCCGUCGUGGUUGAAGCGGAUAAACAAGCUGAGCCGAUUCUCGGGGUACAGCCCGAACCCGAGCAGACUUUGGACGCACCGACGAAAAAAUCCAAGAAAAAGAAAAAGGGUAAGGGAUCCAAAGCUAUUGACCUCGAGGAGCCCAGUACGAGCACGCCUGUUGUGGUUAAGGAGCCGGUCCCUUUCGCGGAGGAGCCCGCUUCACGAGAGCUCGAGGUUGAAACCCCAGCAGAGAUUCCCACAGAGCCAGUCCAAGGUCUUCCCACCGAGGUAACUGAACAAAUUCCGUCACCUCCUGCCGAAGAAACAGCCGCAACACCGGAAGCGACCGAACAACCCUCUCCCACGGUUGUUGAAGAACCCAUUCUUACUGUGGAGGAGCCCCCGCUUGUUGUCGAGGAGCCCAUUAUUCCCCAAGAGCCGACUCGCGAAUCUCAUCAACCUUUGGAUGAGACAACGGCCGAGCAACCUUUCUCCUCCGUUGCUGCUGAAGAACCCAGCCCGGCGCCGCAAGUUACCCCCGAACCCCAGAACCUGAUAUCCGAGGCCCCCUUGGUCGAUCCCAGCCCUGUCAUUGAGGAGCAGCCUUCCCGCGCCGAGCCCGAGGCCCCGACCCCAGCUCCAGAGCCUCUUAGUGCAGAACAACCAUCUACCGAAGCGUCGGCUAGAGAACCAGUCAAGGAAACGGCCGAGGCUUCACCAGUGGAACCCCAACAGGGAGAAGUGUUGGCGCCGUCAAGCAAGAAGUCCAAGAAGAAAAAGAAGAAGGGAUCCAAGGCUUCUGAUCCUGAGCCUACUUCUAGGGGGUUGACUACCACACAAGAGCCCGCCCCUCUUGUGGAAGAGCCCGCCAACAUUCAAGAGCCCGUCAUCGUCUCGGAGGAGGUUCCGCCAAUCGAGUCUCUAGAGACCCCUAAAGAGCUUCCCGAAAUAGUGCAGCCUGAAGCGCAAUCCGAGGAGGCCCGUGAGGUUGUCCAGUCCGAAGCUCAGGUGCAGCUCGAAGCAGAGCUCGCUCCGGAACGUGCGCUCGAAACUACCGCCGGGCCUGUCACCGAAGCCGUCGUCGAACCCACUCCCGAUCUUGCCGUGGAAAUUGAGCCUGUUGCUGAGGCUCACGAACCCCGGGACGUCUCUCUGGAUGAGGACGGGGCAAUCUUUGGUCGGCCGACCCGCGAGGGUGAAACCGAUGCAGCCGUUUUUGCUUUGCCCAGCAAGAAGUCAAAGAAGAAGAAGGGCAAAAAGGCGGCGCUGGAAACUCAAAAUCCCGAGGACGCUAAUCCCGUGGCUGUCGAAGAGGCACCCGUGGCUCCUGAGGUUCCUGAACCUAUCCAACUCGAGGAGACGCGCGAGGUUCCGGGGUCAGUUCAAGUCGGGACAAUACCUGAUCUGUCGGAGCCUACCCAAUUCCAGGGGACGCCUGUCGCCCCGGAACCUAUUCAAUUUGAGGCACCAACGGCUCGCGGGUUGCUAGAAGAGCCUACCGACGUCCAAACCAUCAACGACCCCCAAACUGUGGACAUUCUCCCUGCCGACGCACCACAGGAAGAGGAGGACGACGACGAAGUGGUCCAGUUCACCGGCAAGAAGUCUAAGAAAGGCAAGAAAACGAAGGGCAAACCGGCAGCCGAGGCCAGCAGAAACAUCCACGAGGCUCUGGUUGAGAACGAAAAGCAUCCGGAGGUGGUCGAAGACAAACCAAGCAGCAGGCCACAAUCACCAAUUGCCGAGAAAGUCGAAAUCCACCCUGGGGUCUCAGAAACCCUCGAAAGAUCACCAGUUCCCGCGCCAGCAACCAUCGGGCUGGGCCUGAUCACCAACCCGCCCGAGCCGUACCCCGAAGAUGCGCCGUCACCAAAACUGUUGAGCGGGCUCCAGACGCCCUUCUCGCUGGACGCGCAGGUCGAGGCCUCGCGGCAGCUCGGGGUGGACAUGACGCCGGCGCAGGACAGCAGCCACGUGGAUCACGAACCGCCCUUUGGCUACGAUGCUCACCGGAAGAAGGUCAAGACGAAGGAGCUGGAGGCUGCCGAGCUCUCGGAGCCGGCUGUCACGGCCCGCGAGGUGGAGGUCGGACCGGUUGAGGAGGACAAGGGUCACGGCGAAGAGAAGGAGCAGGAUCACGACAAGACGGUGCGUGGUGCGGCGCUUGCUGCGGUGGCGAGCGCGCUUACGGGUGGGGUGUCAUUGUUGGCGGAUGAGUUUGGGAGUGAGAAGGGUGAUCAUGGAGAGCAAAAGAGCGUGGAUGUGGUUGCGGAGGAUGAGAAAUCGGCAGAGAGGAGUGUGGGUUUUGAGGAGACGAGGGAAUUCAAGCCGGAGCCAAUGGUGUUGGAGGAGGACCACCAAGAGAAGAAGAUGGAGGAGGUUGAGGAGAUCAAGGAGCGCAACUUCGAACAAACGACAAUGGAGGAGGUGGAUGAGCCUGAACAUCAAAGAGAAAGGGGCUUGGACUUUAAAGGGCCGACAGUGGAGAAUGAGGCAAGCGUCGAGUCUCGCAGUGUGCCCGGCCUGGGUCGAAUGGAUUCCGAGACCAUCCCCAGGUCAGUCAGGGGCCCGUACGCGGCAGGAGAUGCAUCGAAGAAGGAAAAGAAGGAAAAGAAGGAAAAGAAAGAAAAGAAGGAACGACGAGAACGGUCGGCAUCACCGGAACCAAAUGUGCAACGAGCCUUCUCCUUCCCCGACGACAUCGCGGACGAGGAGGUGUUCAACACGAGGGAGACCACGACGGAAACCACGGAAACCAGGGCAGACGACAAGCGAGAAGCCGAGCCGACGGCAGACGAACCGGUCCGACUCCCGGCUCUUUCCAAUUUUUCAGAGUUCAUGCGGUCCCACUCUAGCCUGCCGCCAGUGCAAGAGGAGCUCUCAGACGAGGAAAUGGCAGAGGGCGAGUCACAACCAUCAGCAACCCGACACACCCCAGGCACCCGACGCAUCCCAGAAACCCCUGAGCUGCACCGAGACAGUGGCUUCUCGUCCGGAUCACCCCAUCUCUCCCGGUCUUUGCCUAUCCCAGACGAUCAUGAAAAACUUCGUGAUAGCGGUGUGCACCUCCGAGAUUCGGGCGAGAGCAUGACACCGGUCCGAGAGAGCCAUCAUCGGUCACUGUCGCCGAGAAUUCCCGACGAGCGACUAGGGGUCCACACACCGCGAAACGAGGAUGCAGAGCGCCGAUUCAGGCGGUCACCGCUCAGUGGGCACAGGGGUGCUAGUGCAGUUGGGCCCGAGACACCCCGCCUGGACGAACCUUCACCGCCCCCUCGAACACCAGAACCAGAGAAGCUGCACGUCAACAAGAAGCGGGCCCCAGCCUCCAACGCAGCAAUCACGCCGCAUGUCAGCGCGGGGGGUGGGGGUGUCCCAGUGGGUCGUCCCAUUGAAACCAACCCCAACCCCACCGCUUCCCGCAUGUCGCCCAAUACCAGCCUGGCCCGCCUUCGCACCCCGGAGCUCCCAGCUGCGUUGCGGCCUGACAGUCCAGGCAGUUUGCGCUCCGUGAGUGGUGGCACCCCCCCGCUGCAGCUCCGCCGGAUGGACAAACGUACCAGUGGUAACUUGCGGUCCGCAUCCCUCGGCCAGCUGGGUCUGCCCGCCAAGUCCCGCGAGCAAAAACAGCCAGGGCAGCAGCCAGCCACGCCAAAUCAGAAUUCCGCUGGUGCCGCUCGGGCCAUCGCUGCAGCAGCACUCGCAGCAGGUGUGAGUGCAACGGCUGCACUAGGAACCCUCCAGCUUCAAUCAUCGCCGUUACCAGCCACCACCACCUCCACCUCCACCUCCUCCCAAGCUGCGGCAAACACGACGCCCGUCGCGAAUGAGGGCCGUGUGCGCGCCAAGGACAUGGCUGAUGUCUUUGAUGGCUACGGCGAGGGCCGCAUCGGCUCGCCACGUUCACCCACUCGACCGCACAGCAUGCGUCGCCGACAGAGCAUGCAAGUGCUCGAGCUCGAGUCUCGCGUCGAGCAACUCCUAGCAGAGAACCGUAUGCUCGCCGAUGCCCGCAGCCAGUCCGACUCGUCGUACACGCACCAUAAUGCCACCGCUCUCGCCGAGCGCGAGUCUGAGAUCGAGUCCCUCCGCCGCAUGCUCAGGGAGGCCAACGAGGUCAUCAACCGAUUAAAGCAGACAAAUGAAGGCCUACGCAGCUCCACCUCGGCCAUCGCCGUCAAGCACACCGAGGAGCUACGCCACAUCGAGACGCAAAACGGCCAAGUCGCCCGGGAGCUCGAUCUAGCCCGCGGUGCUGUGGCCCAGCACGCCCGCGCCGUGAAGGACAAGGACGUCGAAAUCGCCCAGCUGCGUGCCGAGCUCGAGGCCUCGGCAGACCAGAUCCGCGACCUUCAAAAACAGAUCCUCGAACAGAGCCGGCCAUCAGACGACCCGGACUUCCUCGUCAAACGCGACAUCGACUACUUUGAUCACCGCUGUCAACAACUAUGUGCCCACGUCCAACAAUGGGUCCUGCGCUUCUCCAAGUUCAGCGACAUGCGCGCCUGCCGCCUGACAUCAGAGUUCAGCGACGAGAAGCUCAUCGACCGCCUCGACAACGCCGUUCUCGACGGCUCCAACGUCGACACCUACCUCAACGACCGCGUCCGCCGCCGCGACAUCUUCAUGAGCAUGACCAUGACCAUGAUCUGGGAGUUCGUCUUCACCCGCUACCUCUUCGGCAUGGACCGUGAGCAGCGCCAAAAGCUCAAGCAGCUCGAAAAACAACUCAUCGACGUCGGCCCGCCCCACGCCGUCCGCCAGUGGCGCGCCGUCACCCUCACCCUGCUCUCGCGCCGCCCGUCCUUCAAGAAACAGCGCGACCUGGACACCGAGGCCGUCGUCCAGGCCAUCCUGGACACCCUCUCCAAGAUCCUACCGCCCCCGUCCAACCUCGAAGACCAGAUCCAAUCCCAGCUCCGCCGCGUCGUGCGCGAGGCCGUCCUCCUCGCCAUCGAGAUGCGCUGCCAGCGAGCCGAGUACAUGAUGCUACCACCACUCCAGCCCGAGUACGACGACACGGGCGAGCUCACCGAGACGGUCAACUUCAACGCCGCGCUCAUGAACGAGGCGUCGGGCAACGCCGAGCAGACCAACGAGGAGCUCGAGGCCGCCAACUCGACCGUCCGCGUCGUGCUCUUCCCCCUCGUCCUGCGCAAGGGCGACGAGAUCGGCAAGGGCGAGGACGAGAUCGUCGUCACCCCCGCACAGGUCCUCGUCGGCGGCAUCUCCUCCAACAGCAGGCGCGGAUCGCCCGCGAAGGGCCUCGGCCGGAUGCUCACCCCCGUCUCCGAUGCGGGUGGCGCGAGCCUAGAGGCCAGGAGUCUGGCUGGGGAUAAGAGCCCCAAGGGAAGUAUUAAGGGGGGUGUUGGUGUGGGGACCUACAGCGAUGUCCCCUACAGUGAUAUCAGUAUGGAGGGGAGUUAUCUUUGAUUGGAGGGACAGGACAGGUGAUGGAAGGUGAAUGGGGAUAUAUAAGGGGCAAUAUGGUAUGGCAUUAUACAAAUGAAUGGAUUUGGCAUGGGUGGAUGGAUGGAUGGAUGAAUGGGCGGAUCGGAGAACGGGAGGACUGAUGACAAAAGUUGGGGUUGGGAUGGAAGGAAAAUCAUGCCUGGCUAUUUGCUUUGCCUUGCGUUUCUCCGUUUUGUUUUUUCUGUUUUUGUUUUUUGGCUAGUAGGAGUUGGGGCUUGUUUUUGUUUGAUGGCUUCGGCCUUGACGUUCAGAGAUGAUGACCAUGAUGAGAGAGCAAUUC